GGUAGCAACAUGCUUCUACUAAUCGUUGCGAUAGCAAUUUGUAUCCUUCUGUAUGUCUAUCUACAGCAACAGGCCAAAAAAGGCGAGCAACCUGAAAAAGAAUCUGUAGUAACUGCACAACCUCCGCCGACUGCGGCUGAACAAAAAGCACCCGUAACCGCCAAACCUCCACCUACUGCGGCUAAACCUGAAGAAAAAGGCCCAGAAGCAGGCGAAGCUGAAAAGCCAUCCGAAGACGUCAUUACUGCGAAAGAAGUAGUUGACCAGCCUACCGCAGGUGUCACCACAGCGAAAGAAGUAGUUGACAAGCCCUCAGAAGACGUAGCGACAGCAAAGCGAAUUCCAGAUGAGCCAACUACCGGAGUGUCAACUGCACAAGGAAUAGUGGACAAGCCCACAGAAGGCGUGAAAACAGCAAAUGAAAUUGUCGACCAGCCAACCAAGGAUGUGAACACAGCGCAAGAAAUUGGCUCUAAGCCUCCAGAAGACGCGAACAAAGCCAAAAGUAACGCACAAGAGUCAUCUUCUAGCGGCGGAGAUGGAGGAAGCGCUGAAGGAAAACAAUCAGAAUCGAAAAGAAAACGAAAGAAAAAAAGAAAGUCGAAGAAAUCCAGAUCAAAGAAAAAGGGGAAAAAGAGUAAAAAGAGCAAGAAGGCUUCGGAAGUUCCAUAAUCAUGUAGCACCUAUUUUAUUUCGUGCC